AUGAAGUGGCUGCAAUGUGAAAGCCGAAAUGAACCCGUUAAACCGUUGUCUAUGCCAAGGGUCUGCCUCAUUAUCCCCUCUCUUGAUGGAGAAGUUGGAAUUUUGAUCUGGGUGGAAUACAAGUAUCCUGGGAAAUCUCAAUGGAUUGCCAACAGGCAGUUUGUAGACCGAGGGUCAGUUUGGCUUAGAGGUUGA